AUGAGCGGCGCGCGGGAGAUGGCGGCGGGCGGCCCCGCGGGCGGCAGUCGAGGCGCGGCGGCGGCGGCGGCGGCAUGGCCCGGCCCCAGCCCCGGCUCCGGGGACCACGGCCCAGCGGGGCCCAGCCCCGUCCCCCGCGGGUGGCAGCGGGUGAGCAGCCGCAGGCGGGCGGGCAGGACGGCCGGGAGGAUCGACGUGUACUUCGUGAGUCCUGAAGGGAAGAAGCUGAGGUCAAAACGAGAACUUGUGGAGUAUUUACAGAAAACUGGAGAGACAACUUUGAAAGCAGCAGAUUUUGAUUUCACAGCUCCUCGAGGGAGCACAUGCUCAGGGCUGAGGGGAUGUGGUGCAGGAGCUGUGAGGACUCACCUGGAAAAGGUGGAUUGUCAGAGCAAAGUGCAGGAGCUCCAUGCACAGAAUGGUGCUGAGGUUGGAAUUCAGAACAUCCAGGCUGGGAAUGGACAUCUGGAAGAUGCUACACCUACUGUGGAAAGCACAGAUUUAGUAAUGGAAAGCACAAACCCAGAGGAGAGUUUGAAAACCAAAAGAAAGGGGGCAGGUAGGAAAAGUGUCCAAACCAGGAGACAUGGGAAGGGCUCAGAAAGGAGGAACCAAGGUGACUCCAAAAGCAAGAGGCAGAGAAGACUCUCUGACACACUGGAGACUGAGUGUGUUCAGAACAAGAGAGUCCACAGACAGACAGACACACGUGGAGCUGACAGCCAGGGUGUGUGUGAUGCAGGUGCUGACCCUGUGGAUGCAGGGAAAGCUCUGUCAGGAAUGUCCAGGACAUGGCUGAGGUCAGUGGCUGGCUCACAGAGGGAGCUGGGUCACCUGCUGAAGGAGGGGCUAUGCUCCAGUGACACACCUGCUGCAACGUCUGAGGGGAAAUCCUAUGGACUGGAGACAGGGAAGGUACCAGAUCCGAGGGAUCUGGGUCAGCAGAAUGUUAAAUCUGACACCGAGGUGGGUGCUGAGCCAUGGGACAGGACAAGCUGCACAGCAGUAACAGUGUUACCAGAAGAGUCUGUCCUGCGCACACGAGUGGAGAGAAGGAAAACGAGUCCAUAUUUUUCCACCAAAUACAGCAAAGAAGCCCCCAGCCCACCCAGAAGAAAGGCCCUCAGAAAAUGGACUCCUCCACGUUCUCCUUUCAAUCUUAUCCAAGAAACACUCUUCCAUGAUCCGUGGAAACUUCUCAUUGCCACCAUAUUUCUCAACAAAACUUCAGGAAAAAUGGCCAUUCCAGUGCUCUGGGAGUUCCUGAAGAAAUAUCCUUCUCCUGAGGUAGCCAGGGCUGCAGACUGGAAAGAUAUGUCAGAGCUGCUCAAACCUCUUGGCCUUUACGAACUCAGGGCCAAAACCAUCAUCAGGUUCUCAGGUGAGUACCUGAGCAAGGCAUGGCGUUACCCCAUCGAGCUGCACGGCAUCGGCAAGUACGGCAACGACUCCUACAGGAUCUUCUGUGUGAACGAGUGGAAGGAGGUGCAGCCACAGGACCACAAGUUGAAUGUGUACCACACAUGGCUGUGGGAGAACCACAAGAAGCUGAGCAUUGACUGAGCUGAGCUGGGGUGACCUGGCCCCAUCACUUCCCUGCGGCUGCCCUCACAGUUCUGGGUGUAAAUAUUAGUGUGAUGUCAGGGCUGGGGUCAUUGCUGUUUUUUUAAUAAACGUGUCCCUGUUUUGUA